GUCAUGUAAAGUCACAAGANAAAUCUACACUGCAGAUGUGACAUGAAGCAACUAUCAUUAGACAAGGUCAUGGACAUUGUCACUUCACCUGCUAUCCUGCUACUCUAAUGCAUCAACUCAGCCAGAAGACAGACCAUUAAAAGCCAGCACUGCAUGCAAACAAGACAAAGGGCAUCCUCCUUUGCUGCCUCAGAGGACAAGGUGGCUAUGGGUAAGGCUGUGGUAUACAUGAGGAUACCUCAUCUGUACCUCUGGCUAGAAAUACUGAUCAUUCUUUCAUCAUGGCCCUUGACUGCNUAUGCUCAGCACACCAGCCUCCCAGAAGUAGUGGUACCCUUACGGGUCACAGGCAACAGACCAAUGUGGGAUAUGGGAUGGCUGACCUAUAGCCUGCAUUUUGGGGGUCAGAAACANUUNAUUNACAUNAAGGCCAAGANGUUCUUGGNUUCUAGUCUCUUCUCUGUAUUCACCUACACUAAGCAAGGUGCUCUGCACAAGGACCAGCCUUAUGUCCAGAAGGAUUGCUACUACCAUGGCUAUAUGGAUGGAGACCCAGAGUCUAUGGUGGCUAUUACCACCUGUUAUGGAGGCUUUCAAGGAAUACUGCAGAUAAAUGGCACAGUCUAUGAAAUCAAGCCCAAGAACUUUUCUUCCACAUUUGAACAUUUGGUUCACAAGAUGGACAGUGAGGAGNCAGAAUUACUCCCCAUGAGAUGUGCAUUGACAGAAGAAGGGAUAGCAUGGCAAAUGAAACUUCAGAAGAAUGAAAACCCCACCCUGAUGCAAAGCCACUAUGAGGGAUGGUGGACCCACAGGCGUUUUCUUGACCUGGCAUUGGUUGUUGACCGUGAGCGAAUUCGUUAUCAUAACAAUAAUACAUCACGUGUGUUAGUGGAAGUAUUCACUAUUGUCAAUAUAAUAAAUAAUAUUUAUGAGACACUGGAUGUUGAACUACUUUUACUUGGAGUUGAGAUGUGGAAUGAAAGAAACCACGUGCAGGUACGUAACAUCGAAGACCUCCUAAUUGAUUUUUGUAUUUGGAAGGCUCUCAGCCUUAAUUUUCGAAUUCCAAAUGACAUUGCACAUCUUUUUGUGAAUUAUGAUUUUGGUAUUUACCUUGGUUUAGCCUAUAUUGGAACUGUCUGUGUGCCAUCUCAUAAUUGUGGAGUUGAUCGUCUGUUAGGACGUAAUCUUUUUCAUUUUGGACAUAUUAUAGCACACGAGAUGGGUCAUAAUCUGGGUAUGCACCAUGAUAACAGCUCAUGUACAUGUGGAGGAAAUGAUUGCUUAAUGGCUCCAACAGACAAUGGUAUCCAGAAGUUCAGUAACUGUAGUUAUUCUGACUUCUGGACUACAUACGCUACUGCCAAGUGUAUGCGCAAGGAAAAGAAGUCACUAGGCAUCCUCAAAAGCAAGCUCUGUGGGGAUGGAGUGGUUGACAUUGGAGAGCAGUGUGAUUGUGGAACUGCAAAAGGCUGUGCAGAAGAUCCAUGUUGUAAGUCCAGCUGCACCCUGAAAGCUGGGGCUGCCUGUGCUUCCGGGCUUUGUUGCACGGAUUGCCAGAUCUUGCCAUCAGGCAGAGUUUGCAGAGAAAAGGUCAAUGAAUGUGACCUUCCAGAAUGGUGCAAUGGACAUUCACAUAAGUGUCCUAAUGACGUUUAUUUGCUUGAUGGGAGUCCCUGUAGAGAUGGUGGCUACUGCUAUGAGAAGAGAUGUAAUAACCGAGAUGAACAGUGUAAGCAAAUCUUCGGCAAAGAAGCCAGGAGUGCAGAUCACAGUUGCUACAGAGAACUCAACACCCAAGGUGACCGUUUUGGCAACUGUGGUAUGAUCAGAGGUACAUACUUAAGAUGUCAUGACCCGGACAUCCUCUGUGGCAGAGUUCAGUGUGAGAAUGUAACAGGCAUUCCUUUUUUGAGGGAGCAUUCCACUGUACACUGGACUCACCUCAAUGGUGUCACCUGUUGGGGGACUGACUACCAUUUUGGGAUGACAAUCCCUGACAUUGGUAUUGUGAAAGAUGGCACAGACUGUGGUUCAGAGCAUGUGUGUAUUAAUAAGAAGUGUGUCAGUAAGUCAAUUUGGACAAGUCCGUGUUCACCCAAGACAUGCAACAUGAAAGGUGUAUGCAACAAUUUACACCACUGCCACUGUAACCUUGGGUGGGACCCACCACAUUGCCUGGAAAGUGGCUUUGGAGGGAGUGUUGACAGUGGCCCUCUGUACUAUAAUGAAAAGAAACACAAGAAAAGUAUUGGGCUAGCAAUUCUUAUUUGGAUUCUUUUUGCUUGUUUUUUCCUUUUGUUCGCUGUGUUCCUUUUUCUCUUGAGGAGUUAUGUAGAACUACCUAUGAGUGAAAAAACCCAAGUUUCCUCCUCAGAAAGGAAAGAAGAUAACAGUGGUGUAAUCGCUGAAACAGAAUAACAACAAUUUGUAAUUUCAAAUGUAGUAUCAAAUCUUCCUCCGUUUCCCAUGUCCUCCCAUGUAUUAUCAUGGUAUGUGAAACACUGUGUUUCUGAAUUCAAUGACACAAAGUCCUAGAGAUAUUUAGUAUUUCAACAUGAAAAACCUCAUCAUUCAAUAAAGCUAUGAUGGUAGUACAUAACUCACGA